GGCCGAGGUCAAUCGUGCAGGUCCCGAGCACUGUCUGCUGGAAUCAGGUAAGAAGGGUACCGGGUUGGAGAAGGUUGAGCUCCGCUGACGCCCGGCUUUUCCAGGUGGCGGUCGCUGCGCACUCGCCGGCAAUAUGGCUUUGAGGGGAGUCUCAGUCAGCGCGCGGCUACUGAGUCGCAGGUCCGGCCUGCACUUCCCACGUGUCCCGCGUACGUGGAGCUCGUCGGCACACACUGAAAAGACACAGAGCCCAUCGGUCAAAUCCUCCCGUCCUGGGUUUGACUGGAGGGACCCACUGGUGCUGGAGGAACAGCUGACCGCCGAUGAGAAACUCAUCAGAGACACGUUCCGCAACUACUGCCAGGAGCGACUUAUGCCUCGAAUUGUGCUUGCCAAUCGAAAUGAAGUUUUUCACCGGGAUAUCGUGUAUGAGAUGGGGGAGCUGGGCGUGCUGGGACCCACCAUCAAAGGAUAUGGCUGUGCUGGAGUAUCAUCAGUGGCCUAUGGGCUCCUGACCCGAGAGCUAGAGAGGGUGGACAGCGGCUACAGGUCAAUGAUGAGUGUUCAGUCCUCCCUCGUCAUGCACCCCAUCUAUACCUAUGGGAGCGAGGAGCAGCGGCAGAAGUAUCUGCCCCGGCUGGCCAAGGGUGAACUUCUGGGCUGCUUUGGGCUUACAGAGCCCAACCAUGGGAGUGACCCAGGUGGCAUGGAGACCAGAGCUCGCCACAAUCCAUCAAACCAGAGCUACACUCUCAAUGGGACCAAGACCUGGAUCACCAACUCACCUGUGGCUGACCUGUUCGUAGUAUGGGCUCGGUGUGAGGAUAACUGUAUUCGGGGCUUUCUGCUGGAGAAGGGAAUGCGGGGCCUCUCAGCCCCUAGGAUUGAGGGAAAGUUCUCCUUACGUGCCUCGUCUACUGGUAUGAUCAUCAUGGAGAACGUGGAGGUGCCCAAGGAGAAUGUGCUCCCUAAUGUGUCCAGCCUAGCGGGUCCUUUUGGCUGCCUUAACACUGCCCGAUAUGGCAUCACAUGGGGUGUGUUGGGAGCUGCUGAGUUCUGUUUGCACACAGCCCGGCAAUACGCCCUGGACAGGAUCCAGUUUGGUGUCCCCUUGGCCAGGAACCAGCUGAUUCAGAAGAAGCUGGCAGAUAUGCUCACCGAGAUCACACUGGGCCUCCACGCUUGUUUGCAGCUUGGUCGUUUAAAGGAUCAGGACAAGGCUACCCCAGAAAUGGUCUCCCUGCUGAAGAGAAAUAACUGUGGAAAAGCCCUGGACAUUGCCCGCCAGGCACGAGACAUCCUGGGAGGAAACGGGAUUUCUGAUGAGUACCAUGUGAUCCGGCAUGCAAUGAAUCUGGAGGCAGUGAACACUUAUGAAGGUACACAUGACAUUCACGCUCUGAUCCUUGGGAGAGCAAUUACUGGGAUUCAGGCAUUCACAGUUGGCAAGUGAACACACUUCAACGCUAGAUCCUGGCAGCACCACACAUUGCUCUGAGUCUGCUCAAGAAGUGAUGGACGGACCCAGCUUUUAUGGUGGAAAGUGAGACACUGGUUUGAGACUAUGGAAAUUUCCUUCUGAGAGAUGUUCAGAUAUGUUCUACAAAAAGAAGAUACAAUUCUCUGUAGCCUUUUAAAAAUGAGAUCAGAUUUCAUCUACCUUGUUUUCAGCUUCUUCUAACUGGGGGAGGAGAGAAAAACAAAGAAGCCAGUAAGUGAAGCGGAUCACACCUUGUGAGAAGGUGCUCUAGCGUUUACAAUGUGCCUUCCUUCCUGCCUCCAUCCCAGGGGCAGUGCCUUCUGUGUUCAACACUGAGCAGAUAAGAGAGGAAAAUAAAGAGCCUGUGCUUCA